GUUACUUCAUCGUACAGCUGUUAUGUUUACUAAAAAUAAAUAUUUUUAUUUCGAGAACAGUGUAAAACACUUACACCAAAUAUUGGAUGUUUAGUGUUAGUUUAGCCACACAUCAAUCCACACUUUUUCAAAUGUUCCGUUCUAAUCUAGUUUUUUUGCUUGAUUACAUCAGAAUGUGUUUUGUAUGAGAAAACAAUAGCAACAGACAAUUGCGCAGAAAGCAAUUAUAAGAAUAAAUAAAACGGAUUUGUUGUCGGAUGAAAUUUUAAACAUUUGUCUUCCUUCGAAACGAAAGAUUAGUCAGUGAAAAUAAAAACAAAAUUAAAAACAUUGAAAAAAAGUACGAAAAAUUGAUAUGCAAGGAUUGAGUAGUACGACAAAAUCCAAUUCAAGCUUAUCAUGAUGAAUUUGAUAAUUAUCUUUUGCACACAUUCAUGAUAGUAAAUUUGAAUUUGUGUGAAAACUUGUCUUAUCGCUACAACACAGCCAUAAUUUAUUUCAUGAUUCCAACCAUACGUCCGCUAGUAGUCUCAAGGCAGUUCAUUUGAUAAGAGUGAUUGUGAGUGAUUUGUUUUUUUUUAUGUUCUAAUACAAUUUUUUCCGUUAUACAAAUUUCGGCGAGUCAAAGUGUGAAUGAACAAACAGUUGUUCUUCGAAAAAUGAAGAAUUACAAUACCGAUGGUGCACGUCGUGUGAAUGGGAAUCGACCAAAUGCGCCACCACCCGAUUACAUUGUUUAUCCACAUUUAGCAGAAGAUUAUGAACUCCGUAGACGAAGUAAUUACAUGUUGGCCGGUGAAGUAAUUCCGACGAGUGAAAAUGUGGCCUGUGAACGCAUCAAAACAUACCUCAUUUACUGCCUUAUAAUAUUAAUCGUGCUACUUGUUGGUGUGCUAAGCUACACAUUGGUGAUAUUAUUUGAGGAAAAAUCAGACGUACUUCAACCCGAACCGGCAAUUAAAAAUGCACCGAUUGAUUUACCUAUUGAACAACGAACAUGGUAUGAUGGUGCAUACAAAGAGCUUCGCAACUCACUUAAAUUCAAACCAAACAAACAAAAGGCUCGAAAUGUCAUUCUGUUCGUUGGUGAUGGUAUGGGUUUAAGUACAGUAACUGCAUCACGAAUUUAUAAGUAUGGAGAAGAAGGACACUUGAGCUGGGAAACAUUUCCACAUUUUGGCAUGCUUAAAACAUACUGUGCAGAUCAUCAAGUAUGUGAUUCGGCAUCAACGGCGACUGCCUUAUUUUGCGGUAUUAAAACAAAUUACGAGACAAGUGGUGUCGAUAGCUCGGUGAAAUUGGGCGAUUGUUCUGCAUCAUUGAAUCAAUCAAGCCAUGUUGAUUCGAUUUUAAAAUGGGCCCAAGAUGCAGGAAAAGCCACCGGAUUUGUUACAACAACACGCAUUGUGCAUGCUACUCCAUCUGCACUGUAUGCACAUGUACCGGAUCGCAGGUGGGAGUGUGAAUCAAAAAUGAAAGCGGAACAUCAUGAAAAAGGUUGUAAAGAUAUUGCACGGCAACUGAUCGAAGAUGAACCGGGCCGUAGCAUCAAUGUUAUCAUGGGCGGCGGUCGACAAUGUUUAGUUUCAAAUGUAACUGGUUCACCAGAAGAUCCUCUGGACACUUGGGCUUGUCACUCCAAAGACGGUAGAGAUUUAAUUAAAGACUGGACCCACGAUAAACAAAAACGAAAUCUUCCGCACUCCGUUGUUACUAACAACGAAGAGCUUAACAAUCUUGAUCAUAAAAAUACAGAAUAUGUUUUGGGUGUUUUUGCCAACGGCCACUUAAAAUAUAAUCAUGAACGUGAUAACGGUCCGAAGGGAAUGCCCUCCUUAACGAAUAUGACAGAGAAAGCACUUAAAGUAUUGAAGCGAAAUAAAAAUGGAUUUGUACUAGUUGUUGAAGGAGGUUUGAUCGAUCAGGCUCAUCAUCGAGGCCAUGCACGUCGCGCGCUUUCAGAAGUAGACGCUAUGGAUGAAGCUGUCAAGCGUACUCUAGAGAUUAUGGACUCCAAGCGAGAUGAAACACUCAUCAUCAUAACGGCCGAUCAUUCACAUUCUCUCACCAUUAAUGGAUAUCCAAAGCGUGGAAACAAUAUUUUAGGCAUUGCCCAAAAGUCGAAAAUGGAUAAUAUAUCAUACACCACCCUUCUAUACACCACUGGAGGUCCUGGUGGAUUUCAGAUGGAAUUGAAUGAUAAGGGAGAUAUUCAACGUCGAAAUCCCUUGAAUGAUGACACAACUGGUUACACCUACAUUCAACAAGCUGCCGUGAAGACCGAUGAAAAUGCGCAUACCGGUUCGGAUGUUACAAUCCAUGCUACGGGGCCUUUCGCACAUCUUGUACAACGUGUUCACGAACAAAGUUAUGUAGCACAUUUGAUAUCAUAUGCGGCUCGGAUUGGGCCUUUUAGACACUUAUGACAAUAAUUUUCUGUUUGUACUUUGUUUUGUUUUUAAAUCUAAAUAAACGGUAUAUUCUUCAGUCGGAAA